AUGCCGACGUGGAAGGAAAGAGAGAACAACAAGAGGAGAGAGAGAAGAAGAAGAGCGAUAGCAGCUAAGAUAUUCACCGGACUUAGAUCUCAGGGCAACUACAAACUCCCUAAACACUGUGACAACAAUGAAGUCCUCAAAGCUCUUUGUCUCGAAGCUGGUUGGAUCGUCCACGAGGACGGCACCACUUAUCGAAAGGGUUCUCGACCAAUGGAAACAACACCGCCGUGUUCCUCAAUCCAACUCAGUCCACAAUCAUCGGCCUUUCAAAGCCCAAUUCCGUCGUAUCAAGCUAGCCCAUCCUCGUCGUCUUACCCAACUUCGUCCGGAAACCUCGUUCCUCUACGAAUUUCCAAUAGUGCCCCUGUCACACCACCGCUCUCUUCUCCUAGAGGAUCAACUCCGAGACUCCCGAGAUGGCAAAGCAGUAAUUUUCCACUCUCAGCUCCGUCAAGCCCAACACGGCGUCUCCACCACUACACAUCGAUUCCAGAAUGCGACGAAUCUGAUGUCUCCACGGUUGAUUCGUGUCGAUGGGGAAACUUCCAACCGGUUAACGUUUCUCAGACAUGUCCUCCGUCGCCGACAUUUAACCUCGUUGUCGGAGAUGUGUCGGUGAAGCCGUGGGAAGGUGAGAAGAUUCACGAUGUUGGUAUCGAUGACUUGGCGCUGACGUUAGGUCACAACACCAAAGGACGCGGCUAA